GAACGAGCCUGUCGAGCGCAUCUCCACGCAGCAGUUGGUCAACGUUACCAGCAGCGGGGGGACGAGCGUGGUCAAAGCUGCAGCUGCGGCCGUCAUCGUGGAAGCGAUUCCUCUUGGCAUCGCACUUUACAUCGCAGUGACGGCCUGGAACCAACCCUGCGACAAGCCGCUGCAGUUGUGGCUCGCCGUGACGGGCGCCCUCGGAGUCAUCAUGUUCUUUCCAGGAAUCUGCAGCUUGUGCAAUGCCAACCGAAAGCUGGCGAACAAGGAAUUGCUGGAGUACAUGGUGCGCAAGCAGAGGGCCAGG